UCAGCGACUCUCAGGAAACAAACAUGGCAAGUCCCAAAAAGCCGGAACCGAAGCCCAAGACCGUCAUGACGGCCAAAAAAAUUAAGAUUCUCGUCGCAGUGGCGUACGGAAAUCUCUUUUUAGGGAGUUGUUAUUCACUCAUGGCCCCUAUUUAUCCCGCAGAGGCGGAAAGAAAGCAAGCAUCAGCAACAGCGUAUGGUUUAGUGUUUGGAGUAUAUCAACUUGCGAUGUUCAUAUCAGCGCCCAUUUAUGGAAAAAUAAUUAUAGUUCUCAAACCUGGAUUUUUGAUGAAAACUGGGAUGCUGGUUUCCGGAAUCUGCGUCAUAUUAUUCAGUUUUCUAGAUUAUGCUCCUCCUGGAGUUCCUUUCAUAGCACUCUCCAUCUUAGUCCGAGGAGUGGAUGCCUUGGGAGCCUCUGCCUUCCUCACUGCUUCCUACACAACACUGGGAUGUGAACUUCCGGAUGUCAUCGGAAGAGCCAUGUCCAUUGUGGAAACAGCAUUUUCUGUUGGAUUGGCAAUCGGACCCGUUAUUGGAGGAAUGUUAUAUGAAGUUGGUGGUUUUAGUCUGCCAUUCUUGGUUGUUGGAGCAUUACUACUCACUGGAACAGUUGUCAACAUGUUCCUAUUUACAGAUUCAGAUGACGUACCUCCACAGUCAAUCAGCGUCCGAAAACUGUUAGCAAAUAUAGAUUUUCUGAUAGACAUUUUGGCUAUAAGCGUGUGCUUUGCUAUGUUGGGAUUUAACGAGGCAACACUAGAACCCCACAUACGACAGUUCCAUCUAACGCCCACGGUCAUCGGCGGUAUCUUUUUGAUAUCGGGCGUGGUAGACGCUGUAUCCGCUCCAAUAUGGGGAAUAGUAUCAGAAAGGGUGCCUAAUGCCCAAGCUCUCACAUUUGUUGGAGGGCUUUGUUUCAUUAUUUGCUUUUUAAUAGUAGGACCAGUGCCAUUCCUUGAUUUUCAAACAUCUUUAACAUGGGUUAUUGUAGCUCAAGUAUUACUUGGCUUUGGAAUGGCCGGACAGAUAAUCAGUAGUUUAACUCACGGAAUGAAGCAUACAGUUCAACGUGGAUUUCCUGAUGAAGUUGGAACAUACGGUUUGAUUUCUGGGCUGCUGUUUUCAUCUGCAUGUCUUGGAGCAUUUAUUGGCCCAUCUAUAGGAGGAAUUCUGAUUGAUUAUGCAGGGUAUAAAGUUGCAACUGCUGCUGUAGUAGGUGUAGAAACUCUUGUGACUGCUAUCUGCGGGAUCCGGUUACUUAUCCGCAUGCUGCGCAAAGAAAGGACAGAACCAAACGAAGAUCAAAAAAGUAUUGACAAAGCCUAAAUUUGUACAUGAAUCUCAGUGAAGGAUGUAUCUGUAAAGAAUCUAGCGCCUGCAAGUUUCAUUUUCAGAAAAUGUAUAAAGGAGUCAGCUGCAUUUUAAAAUCAUUAUUUCCUCAUCAUAUAGUGACUACUUAAAACUGAUAUAUUUAUCACUAAAUAGUGAUAUUUUUGUUUCAUUUAUGGUCAUUCGUAAUUUCUUUGCAGAUGGUACAAGAUGUUUUAAAUGUAAAGUUUGGUAUAAUGUUAUAAUGUGCCUUAUUGUUGCAUGUAAUUGGUUGUGUACAGGUGCUAAGAGGAAUUAAAUAAAAUUUUAAUACAC